AUGAAACAUCAACUACAGGAACUUGAUCUUCAUCAAGAACAGCAGCAUCAACAGCAUCAACAACAACAGCUACAACAUCAACAACAACAACAGCGACAGCCAGAAGAAAAUUUUAUAGAACACUCUGACUCACUGAACUCUGCUCUUCAAUUGAUCACAAGAGCCCUGAAUAUCCAGGACGAGCCAAUGUUGACCAUGGAAACUUUGCAGGCAUACGUGCUGGACCUCAAACUGAAAGAGAAAGCGCAACAAGCAGCUUAUCCAAAAGUUCAAUUAGUACAUCGAGUAUUGAAACAGAUCCAAGACCCAGAUAGGGAGAAAGAAAUGCACAUGUACCUUGAUCAGCCAAUGUGGUUAGGGGGAGCGACAUCACAUAGGGAGGCUCUUGCUGGUAAUCUUCCACUGCAGAGCACCUCAUCUUACCUAUCAAAACGCCCCGAGGUCUGUUGUCUUAUAUACAGAGAUUAUGAUGUCACUUAUAUCAAUCGAAUGGAAGUUUUGGACGAAGACCACGACCAACCAGUUAAACCAAAGCAUACUGCAGAAACUGUUGCGUUGGUAACCGCGAGCCUUACCACUGCGGUAGCCAAGUUCCUGAAAUACUACAGUUUCAAUACACCAGAUGAUGUUACGGUGGAAUCAGUAGAAUUUUCAGGUCUGUGCAUUGCCAUAUAUCAUGCACGAGGCGACGCCUUGAUACCAUUUUUGGAAACAUUGGAGGGCGAACAACGUGAUCAAUUGCAAGUGCUACUAAAUUUCUUCAUAUCUCAGUAUGAAGAUGAGUAUAGCCUUGUUGAUCAUAUGACUCGCAGAGGUAUAAUCACCCAAGAGUACAUUAAAUAUCUCUUCAAGCCUGGGGAAGUUAUUGUGAAAGACCAUGAUCAAGACGCAAGAGGUUAUUUGAGUAUGUCUUGGCUCAAAGACAUCGACACGGCAGAUAAGUCAGACCGGAGCUCAAGCCAGACUAAAACUAAGAAAGCUUUCAGCAUGAAAGCUUGGAGCUGGGAAUUGGAUAGCGGGUUCUCAAGAGAAGCCAAAAAUCUCAUUCUACAAUUCGAUACGAAAGACUCCCCAGAGAGAAAAAUUAGUGAUAUGAACUUUCGACCACUCCGUUACGUGGAUGAGCAAACGCAAACAAGGCUGAAAGCAAGAGGAGAAUGGUUCUGGAAAUGUCGUGUGAGACGCAUGGUAUGUUACGAUGACACACAAAACAGCCAAUAUUACUCUGGUGAUGAACGAUACAUGGUCGAUAUGAUGAUAUAUCACGAAUUACACAAACCUGACUUCUUCAUGCGGCGUCCACUUAUUGACUCUGAAGCACUGAAGCAGGAAAAUCCUCCUGACGAGAAUUUCCUUUAUCUAUCGCCUCUGACAGUAAAGGCAUACAAUCUCAAGAGGAAGAAAUGGGUGGAUUUAAAACUUGACGGGCUCCGCGAGAUUUCUUGGAACAAACAAGCGUUUGAGAGCCUUGUGCUCAAGGAAAAAACGAAGCGGCUGAUUCGAGCUCUCGUAAGCAAUCAAAUCGAAGCAGAAAAAUCCACAGAUCUUAUCAGUGGUAAAGGAAACGGCUUAAUCAUGUUACUCCAUGGGGGACCGGGUACAGGUAAGACAUUGACCGCUGAAAGUGUGGCCGAAAUCGCCAAGCGGCCACUGUAUCCCGUUACAUGUGGAGAUAUUGGAACUAAGCCAGAAGAUGUUGAGAGGUAUCUCGAGUCUGUUCUUUAUCUGGGAAAGACCUGGGGGUGUGUAGUCUUGCUUGAUGAAGCAGAUGUCUUCCUGGAGCAGCGCAGCUUGGAAGAUCUACACCGUAAUGCGCUGGUGUCGGUAUUUCUAAGAGUUCUGGAAUACUACGACGGGAUCCUGAUCCUGACAAGCAACCGGGUUGGCACCUUUGACGAGGCAUUCAAAUCCCGCAUUCAACUGGCAGUCCAUUACAAUAGCCUGGACUUGGACCAAAGGACCCAGAUUUGGCGCAACUUCACACGGCGUUUAAAAGACCUGAAUGAAGAAGGCAUCGAUUUUGCAGAUUUGAUGGAUAACAUCCCACAACUUGCUCGCAAAGAGAUGAACGGAAGGGAGAUUCGCAAUGCUAUUACAACAGCGAGACAAUAUGCUAGAUGGGAGCGACAGCAGGAUCAUAGUUUCAAGCUGGACUAUAAGGUAAUGAAAGAAGUGAUUGAAACGGCUGGAGAAUUUGACGACUAUAUCAAUACUUUGAAUGGUGGAUUUACGCAAGAGCAGUUGGCAAAAGACGAGGGAAUACGCUAG